GGCACUAGAUCAUCAGGAGAUAUGAUCAUGGUUGCAGUGGCUGCACAGUCUUGAAAAACCGGGAUUAAUCAUUUUGUAGGGAUUUUUAUUUUCAUCUAGAGAGUUAUGUCUUCUGAGAAAAAUGUUGUGGCCGAAGAAAAGGCUGAGCCUGUAAAACAGGGUAAUGUCAAGAAAACGUCACCUUCCAAACAUCACGUCCAUGAUCAUUCAGCCUCCCCAGAACACAAGKGAUCUCUCCCUUUUUUAGUACCUAGUCCUGUACCUACACGUAGAACAAGGACUACUUCACAAUCUAGGAUUGCAUCMGAAGGUCCUCUAAAGACUGGUGUGUGUAAAUCAUUUUGCCGUAAUAAAGGACAUGGAUUUAUAACUCCUGAUGAUAGUGAAAAGGCAAUCUUUGUUCAUAUUUCUGAUAUUGAGGGAGAGUAUGUUCUUAAAGAGGGAGACCGUGUCCAAUUCCGUACCUGUCCUUUGCCACCAAAGAUGACCGAGCAYCAAGCAGUUGAAGUAACCAUCACAGAAUACCAUGGUCAACAUGAAAAAUGGUGGAGUGGAAACUAGACUCAUCUUUGUAAAUAUAUACUUAUUUGYUGUUACUCUUUUUACCCAUAAUACUAUGAUCAAAGAUCGUAUCAACCAAUCUUUCAUUAAUUUCUUGUACUGUCACCAUAAACUCAAAAAGUUUGAAUUAGUGCAAAAGUCACCACAGGGGUCCCAGACAAAGCAURAGUGYRGCUUUUUAAAAUAUGCYCAUGUAUUAUGUUUGCGACCUAUGAUGCAUGGAAAAUCUGCAUAUUUGUAGUAAAUGUAUGGAGKACCAAAUUAUCCUUUGAUUUUUUUUCUCAAAUUUGAAUUUAAAMCUUUCUCACUAGAAUAGAUAGCUGCCUUGUUAUGCUUUCUUGGCUGGGAUUUUUACCAAGUAACAACUGUUGGGAACCUUCUUGCUUUGAUGCCAAUGCAAAUCUUGUUCAACUACAUACAUUGUACAUGUAGGUGACUAUUGCAUUUUUUUCAGUACUGCCACACAUGAUAUUCAAUUAAAAAAAAAACAUUGAAAUGUUGGAAUAGGGCACGAGUUUGUACCAUUCAAAAGUAUUUGACUAAACAAAUUUAAAGAAGGUUUUCAUAGAAACUAUUAAUUACCUGUAAAUUGUAUCAGUGUCAUGGUAUGGCUGGUUCACACUGCAUAAGCUCAAAGCACAAUUAGAUUUAGUGAUUAAAAUUGAUCAAUGAGUCAAAAGGAAGUGUGUUUCUUUUUGUUUUCUUUUGUUUUUAAUUAGCUUUUGAUUGGCCUUACGCUAAUGACUAUGCUUAUGUCAGUGCAUGUUUCACUGUCUUCAGUUCUUUGUCUUUGUCUUAAAUUGAAGUGUGAACCAGCCCUAUGCUGGAUGAUGAGUUAUUUUUUCAGUUCCUGGUAUCUAUUGUGAAAAUCCGAGUUAUAUUGACAUAUAGAAUAAUAUGAAUACUUACUUGUUAUGGUGAAAAUUUUGUGAUAUUGUCCAUGGCCAGCACUAGUAAUCAAAUGUAAUUAAGCACAGUUUGUCAAUGGAAAAUGAAAAUGUGUAAAAGUCCUAACCUCAAGCCUGUGACUUGUUUUAUCAAGGAAGAGAGUAUAAGAUACUAUUCAAAUAAACUGUCGUAAUUAUCUGAA